GGCCGCGCGUUCUGUGGCGGUCCCCACUGCACACACGCACACCUGCACCCCAGCCAUAGCCCACACUCGCUGAGCUGGCUCUGGAGGCCAUGCAGCUGUCACUGUCACUGCUGCUGCUGCUUCUGGGAGCCUGGACCAUCCCAGGCAGUCUCGGGGACAGGGACCUGCUCACCGCCACUGCCCCAGAGCUGGACGAUGAGGAGAAGUACUCAGCUCACAUGCCUGCUCACCUGCGCUGUGACGCCUGCAGGGCUGUGGCUUACCAGAUGGGGCAAUACCUGGCAAAGGCAGAGGCCCAGCUUCAUGCUCCAGACUCUGAGGGGCGGCGGGAGCUGCGCGAGUCAGUAUACACAGACGUCCUGGACUUGAGCUGCUCCCAGAAGUGGCAGGACUACGGGGUCCGAGAAGUGAACAAGGUGAAACAGCUCGUGGGCCCAGGGCUUAGCAAGGGACCAGAGCCGAGCAUCAGCGUGAUGGUCACAGGGGGCCCCUGGCCGGUCAGGCUCUCCACGACAUGUCUGCACUACUUGGGGGAGUUUGGGGAAGACGGUAUCUAUGCAGCCCACCGACAAGGCCGGGAGGAGCUGGAGGCAUUGCUGUGUGGGGGUCCACGGGGGGCCUGCUCGAAGGAAGUGCCAGCCACGCGGGAAGACCUCUAGGCCUGGACUCUGUCUUCCUCUGGAUCAUCCCCAUUCCUGUCUGCAGGCUGCCAGCAGGCAGGGAGGUGUCACGUGGGCUGCCACCCUCCCUCUGGCUCUGGGCCUGGGCGGGAGCCAAGUUCGUCCCCUCUGGACUCAAAUAAAACCCAGUGACCCCGA